AUGGCGACGAAACCGGAAGGGGUAAACGUCAUCUUGGGCGGAGAACCAGCAUCUUCCCAAGCGCAGCCGACAGAUGUUCGACUCGAAUUCCUCUCACACGUCAUUCAGAAAUCUUUGCGUUUAAAGGCCGAUCGUUGGAUCAAAGUGUUGACUGUCGAAGAAUACCGCAAGAUUAUUCAAGAAUUUCUCGAAAAUGCCGAACCUCCUCUCCUCAUCUUUACGCAGAGCGGACCAGGUAUUUUGGCUGUUAGCAAUGCUCCACUCAACAGCCCGCAACAUCCGGCUGUGACUCUUACAACUGGAGGCGGGAGCUCGGCUGCUCGUAUGAAAUCGCUUUAUUUCCUGAAGAAACGACCUGAGCCAGUCAACCGCGAGGAUCCACGUAGUUCCUUAUUGUUCGGUGAUUUGGCUCCGCAUCCGCUGGAGCAAGUUCUCACCUUUCUGGAUGACGUAGUGGCGCCCGUGUUAGAUCAAACAUCUAAAGGACGAAAGGAUAAUCAGAGUUUGCAGUUGCCAUGGCCACCUGCCGUAUCGAUGGAAUUGGAACGCCAGGCUAGAAAUAUUCGCGGAACUGUCAAUCGAGCUCGAGGUCUUCUUGAUGGCAAAACGGUUUUGUAUUGGCCCUGGACAGGUGCAGCUAGGACCGAGCUACCAAGUCGAAUGGAAAUGGAAAGUUGCGUCCAACAGUGGACCACCCAGCUAACACCUUUACUAGAGGCCGAAGAGCGUGGUAUUAGCGAGCGAGCGUCUCUCAAUGACGAAGUGAUGUACUGGCGCAACCGCAGCCAAGAUUUGGAAAAUAUUUUCGAGCAAUUGAAAGAAGGAGUCGUCCGUCAAAUGGCCGCUACGCUAGAAGAAAUCGGCAGUGCUCAAUCUGCCACUUUCAAAAUGCUUUUGCGCAGGUUGAUUGCCGCUCUGGCUGAAGCUCAAGAGAUCUCGCUUCACCUCAAACCCAUCAUCAAACCACUGGAAAACCUGGAAGCGGCUGAUGUGACUGAAAUGGCCCAACCGCUACGAGUUUUGCUCCACACAGCCUCACUCGUCUGGUGCACCUGCGCUUAUUUCCGCCAGCCAAUCAAAUUAGCCAAUCUAAUCAGACAAGUAGGAAACGCUUUGAUUGACCGAUGUCGGGUCUUUCUCGACUCACGUUCCAUCUUCACCUGGGAGAUUGAAGAAGCCAUGGAAAAGACUGCGGCUGCCCGAACCAUUUUCGGUCAUUUUCGCCAGUUUUAUAAUGAAGAACGUGAAAACAUCCCCAGCCUGACUACACGUCUCCGUGAAGCCAAACGCUGCACUUUAACGCUGAGUCGAUCAGAAGCGAAAGAACUCUGGAAUCCGCCCACGCAGAUCGUCUUUGAAAAAGUGACCAUCUUCGAGAAACGAUUGGUGACCAUCGUCAAAAUCUUCCAAUUGAUUCAAGAAUUCUCACGACUGAGCCGAGUCGAAUUGAGCGCCAUGGGUGGACGGAGUUUAACCGCUCAGGUGCAAAAUAUCUGCAACCAAUUUUGCGAUAUUAAAGCACCAGUUGUCAGCGGUCAGUUUGGUGACUGUAUGGACCCGGACAACCACCAAUUCGAAACCGUAGCCGUCGAUUUUCAACAUUCAGUCGUUAGUCUGGAAGAGAAAAUGAUUUCGAUUGUCAGUAACGCCCUCACUGAUGCCACGACACCUUUGAAUGCUUACCGAGUCAUUCAACUACUGGGCAGUUUCCUCGACAGGCCGGCCAUGAUGCAGAAAGUCCGCGAAAGUUAUCCUCGUCUAGUCACCUUGGCUCUACAAGAAAUAUCUACCUGUUCCGAUUAUCUCAAGAGUUUACCGAAUGCCGUCGAGUCCCUGGACUUGGUCAGUUCCGUCCGACAAAUUCAGCAAAUCAGCAGGCGGGCUCGUGGUCAUUUGGCCGCUUGUAACAGUCUUGGAAUUGAAAGCGAUGUGGUCGGUAUGAAAACCCUGGAGGAAAAACACAAACACCUUGAAGACGCUGUCCACGUUAAGAUGAAUCAACACCUGGAAUUGUGGACGGCCCGUAUGAAUCGUAUCGCUAUUCAUCGUCCGCUUUUAACCGUCGCCGAGGCAGGAAACGGGCGGGUACAGAGCGGAGCAGAAAACGCCAUGGCCCGAAUGGUUACCGAGUGCCGCCAGCUGCAGCAGAUUUUGGAUUGCUCCACCGUUCCGCCCAGCUGGGAAUCCUGGACGGCCAUUUAUGGUUCACUCAAGAUCAAGAUGAAGUUGGUAGAUAUCAUCGUCAGUUGCUGCAGCAAUACCGAGGCUUCCCUGACCCCAUCCACUCGCUGUCUACUCGAGCCACGCCUAUUGACCAUCAAGGCUGAAAUUGUUACAAAGUGCCAGAAUUCGACAUGGACGUGGGGCAGUCAAGAUACCACGGUGAAGGAUGAGCUUCGCGUGAUGGCCGAGACGACACUGCGACUGCAUCAAGCCAUGAAGAAGUUUUCGUCGACUGCCGAAACCGUCCAGUCUAUCGCGAAUGGAUGGUCCAAGGCUCCCAUCGUCGAGUUUCAAGAAGGAAUGCUACCGUCUGGCGAACAGUUGGUUGAAUUAUUCAACAAGAAAUACAGCGAAUAUGCUGCCAUCUCCAAGAAGAUUGGAUUGAUUGUCGGAGAAGCCCAGCAAAUGAUGCCAGACUUACCAGCAUCAGAUUGGGUCACGUAUUUGGAGAUGAUUGACGGAAUCAUUCUCGAAGGUUUACUCAAAGCAAUCACCAACACGUACCAGCACUUUAUCGAAAUGACUAAUAAAGGCAAUUUAUACGAGCUACAACUGAAUAUAACCACGGAAGGUAUCAGCUUCCAGCCGCCGCUAACGACACCAACCAAUAACGGGACGGAAGCCCAAGUGGGCUCAGGAGGCAUCAUGCAGCAAUUCGCCGUUUUAAUGACGGGUGUCGCCAAAGUGGCCAGUUCAAUGGUACCCCUCAGCAAAGAAGUUCAAUUCCCGCACAGCGUCGACAAUAACACGCAAGUGAUGACGCUCCAACAAGACUUGAACGCCACCGUCUCAAACGCCGUAACUGGAGUUUCCGAAUCUGUUCAAUCGCUGGAGCAGUAUUCAUUCCUUUGGAACACGGACCCCAAUAUUUAUUUGCACAACUUUUUGCAUCACACUUGUCUGCUGGGCGAAUACGUACAUGACAACGCCCCUGCGAAUCCAGCCACCCUUCCGCACUUUAGACAGCAACUGGUCCAACUUACGGAAUGGAAAGUCACCACCUCCGAUUGCAUCAAAGAAUUGGAGAAGGUUGGAAAAAGUUGUAAACUGAAACUCAACGUCAAACCGGCCCUUCAGAGCAUCAAAAACAUAAUGCGAUCAUGGCGAGUGCUCUUACUGGAACACGUUACCAAUUACGUCAUGGACAGUGUGUGCGAUCUCGAGACAUUCUUGCAAGAAGCCGAAGAAGGUUUGGUCUGGCGCACAGGUGAAAAUGAGAACGGAGACUCUCACAAUGGACGCGAGGCUCUGCUCCGCAUGAUGGGUCAUUUGGCGGAAGUACGUUCCAGACAGUCGGGCACCGAUGCUCUCUUUGCUCCACUGCAAGAGGCGGCUACACUAUUGAGGGAAUCGGAGAAUGAAUUAUCCGAAGAGAUCCUUCUCAAACUGAAGCAUCUUCCUGAAAGGUGGGAAGACAUCAAAGAAUCUGCUCAUGUAGCCAAACAACAAGUCGCAUCGCUGCAAGCCAACGAGAUCGCAGCAGUUCGCAAGAAGUUGGGCUCAUUCGAGUUGAGGCAACUUCAAUUUAGAGACGAAUUUCAUCGCCAAGACUUUUUCCGGUUCAAUUGUGAGGAUCCCUACAAGACCCUCGACCAUAUCCAUCACCGUAUCUGCGCCAUGGAGAAAUAUCUAGAAGAAUUAUCCAACUGGGCCGCUCUGUUUGAAGUUCCCGUCUCCGAGUUCCGAGGCUUGAAGAACUGCCGACGCGAGACGAUUAUGAUAAAGCAGUUGUGGGACUACUCGUACGUUAUCAGAUCAAGUGUUGACAACUGGAAGACGACGCACUGGAAGGAAAUCGAUGUCGAGCGAAUGGAAAUUGAAUGUAAACAUUUUGCUAAAAAUAUCCGCGGUCUCGACAAGGAAAUGAGAGCAUGGGACGCUUAUAUUGGACUCGAUGCUUCCGUCAGAGAUCUCUUGACUUCACUCAAGGCUAUUUCUGAAUUGCAAAAUCCUGCUGUACGUGAACGGCAUUGGACUCAACUCAUUGAAGCCACUAAACGAAAAACAUUCCUCAGAGACAACUUUACAGUCAGCCUGGUUACUGGCAUCGAUACUACACUAGCAGAUUUGCUGGCCUUGGAUCUUCACCGUUACGAAGAUGAAGUGAGAUCGGUAGUUGAUAGGGCCGUGCGUGAAGUGUCAAUGGAGAAAACACUGCGAGAGCUGGAAGCUACUUGGGCCACUCUGGAGUUGGGCAAAGAAGAACACGCUCGAACGGGAUUGACUUUGCUGAAAGCAUCAGAUGAGCUCAUCGCAACUCUGGAAGAUAAUCAGGUCCAAUUGCAAACUUUGGCCAGUUCCAAGUACGUUGCCCAUUUGAUGACCGAUGUCUUGGACUGGCAGCGUCGCUUGGGACUUGCAGAUCAAGUGCUGGCAUUGUGGUGUGAAGUCCAGCGUUCCUGGUCCCAUUUGGAGUCCAUUUUUGCCGGUUCUGGCACGGACGAUAUUCGUCAACAACUACCCGAAGACUCUAAUCGUUUCGACGAGACCAACGCCAAUUUCAAAGAACUUCUCGGCCACUUACUACUGAAACCCAACGUCAUUAGCGUGGCCACACGUCCCAACGUCCUCAACGACUUGCACCGCAUCGAUUCCCAGUUGCAGCUCUGCGAGAAAGCUCUUGCCCAAUACCUGGAAUCGAAACGUGUCGACUUUCCGCGCUUUUAUUUCGUCUCUACAGCCGAUUUACUCGACAUUCUUUCCAACGGCAAUAGUCCGCAGUUGAUUCAAAGGCAUUUGACGAAAUUAUUUGACGCUUUGGCGCGCAUCAAAUUGGAACCCAUCACAACUACCCAAAAAGAUGCGGUGGGGCUUUGGUCUAAAGACGGGGAAUAUGUUCCUCUGUGUAAACCUAUCCAGUGCGUCGGCCAAGUGGAGGGCUGGUUGAAUGCGCUGGCCGAUUCCAUGCGAGUCUCUUUGCGUCUUUUACUUCAAGACGCUGUGGCCAUUCUGGAAGAAAAGACUAAAGACACGUGGAUUUGGGAUUUCCCAGCCCAAGUGACUUUGACGGCGUCUCAAAUUGCAUGGAACGCUGAAGUCAGCGCAGCUUUCCAAAGGCUGGAAGAAGGUUAUGAAAAUUCUAUGAAGGAUCUGCAUAGAAAACAGAUUGUCCAAUUGAAUUCGCUUGUUGGGCUACUUGGAGGCGACCUGAGUCCAAACGACAGGCAGAAAGUUAUGACCCUGUGCACGAUUGACGUUCACUCACGAGACGUUGUCGCUCGACUGGUCCAGCAUAAAGUGGAAAGCAGCCAGGCUUUUGCAUGGCAAUCUCAGCUUCGUCACAGAUGGAAUUAUACGGAAAAGGAUUGUUUCGUCAACAUUUGCGAUGCCCAAUUUCGUUAUUGGUACGAAUAUCUCGGCAACACUCCACGUCUUGUAGUGACACCUUUGACGGAUCGUUGUUACAUCACGCUGACACAGAGCUUGCAUCUCACUAUGGGAGGUGCACCGGCCGGUCCGGCUGGUACCGGUAAAACGGAAACGACCAAAGACCUCGGUCGAGCUCUGGGCAUGUUGGUCUAUGUCUUCAAUUGUUCAGAACAAAUGGAUUACAAAACGUGCGGCAACAUUUACAAAGGACUAGCCCAGACGGGCGCGUGGGGAUGUUUUGACGAGUUCAAUCGUAUCUCGGUCGAGGUUCUCUCAGUCGUCGCUGUCCAAAUUCGUUCCAUCUUGGACGCUCUACGUCAGCAUCGAAAGCGCUUCUUUAUGAUGGAAGAAGAGAUUCAACUUCAGCCUACAGUCGGUAUGUUCGUCACUAUGAAUCCUGGCUACGCUGGAAGAACAGAGCUCCCAGAGAACUUGAAAUCACUCUUCCGACCAUGCGCCAUGAUCGUUCCUGAUUCCGAUCUUAUUUGCGAAAUCAUGUUGGUCGCCGAGGGUUUCCUGGAAGCCCGAACACUGGCCCGCAAGUUGGUCACCCUCUACUACUCCCUGUGCUGCCGUCUGCUAUCCAAACAGGAUCAUUACGAUUGGGGAUUACGAGCUAUCAAGUCUGUGCUAGUACUAGCUGGUACUUCCAAACGAAACAAUUCCAUUCACAAUCUGAGCGAAGAGCAGCUAUUAUUAGGUGCUCUUCGCGAUGCCAAUUUGCCGCGUUUGGUUUCUGACGAUGUUCCUGUAUUUUUGGCUUUGUUGGGUGAUCUUUUCCCAUCGGUUGAACUCAAUCGCAUCUCUGACGCUACGAUGGAAAGAACUAUUCGGCAAGCUGCUCUGGAUUUAAAGUUGCAGCCAGAGGAUAUUUUUGUGACUCGAGUUGUCCAGUUACACGAACUUCUUCAAGUUCGACAUUCAGUUUUUGUGCUCGGUCGAGCAGGUACGGGGAAAACGCAAGUCUGGCGGACACUUUUACGAACGUACGCCUUGAUGAGAUUGCGACCCGUCUGCGUGGACAUUGAUCCAAAGGCUGUGACAUCCGACGAGCUUUUUGGCUUCGUCAAUCCAACCACAAGAGAAUGGAGGGACGGUUUGUUGUCAUCAAUCCUUCGAGAACAGGCCGCUCAAAGCGCAAACAAACCGAAUGCGGGACCUAAAUGGAUUGUCCUCGAUGGUGAUAUCGAUCCUGGAUGGAUCGAGUCGCUCAACACAUUGAUGGACGACAAUAAAAUCCUGACACUAGCCAGCAACGAGCGUAUCGCAUUGACGCCUCAAAUGCGGUUGUUAUUUGAAAUUUCACAUCUGAAAUGUGCUACCCCUUCAUCUGUUUCCCGAGCUGGCAUUGUCCAUUUGAACGUGCAAGACCUCGGAUGGACUCCUUACAUCACCAGUUGGAUCGAAUCGAGGACUGAAGGUUCGGGCACUGAUGAAGAACCAGGUCCUUUGGAGGAUAUCGACUUACCUGGUGGUACUCUCCACCAGGGCGAACGACAGUACUUGACAAUCUUGAUGGACAAGUAUAUUCCCAGUUGCCUGGAAGUUAUCCGCACACGUUUCAAGACCAUCCUUCCCAUUCCGGAAAUCUGCCACUUGCAAAUGCUCUGUCGCUUGCUGGAUUGCUUACUUACACCAGCCAUCAUGACAUCAGAAAAUCCUCGUGAACUGUUUGAACUUUAUUUCGUCUUUGCAUGCGUCUGGGCUUUCGGAUCCGCUCUACCCGGUGACCUCAAUUGCAACCAGCGAGCGGAUUUCAGCACUUGGUGGGUUAGCGAAUUCAAAGCCGUUCGAUUCCCCGUGGCAUUCGGGUGCCCGACCGUGUUCGAUUUCUGUAUCGACACGGAACUGCAAACGUUGGUUCCCUGGACUGAGCGAGUCCCCAAAUUUGAUCCUGAUCCCGACCUGCCUAUUUACACGACUUUGGUUCCAACUGCCCAGUCCACUUGCCUUCGCUAUUUCCUCGAUUUGCUGAUGCGAGCUGGCCAACCGAUUUUACUGGUCGGAGCUUCGGGUAGCGGUAAAACGGCCUUGGUGGAAGAGGCCCUGGGUUCCCUCUCUGAAGAAUACAUCACUCGUGCCGUACCUAUGCACUACUACAUGACGUCAGAAAUGCUGCAAGGUGUGCUAGAAAAUUCCCUGGAAAAGAAGGCCGGAAGAAGCUACGGACCUCCGGGAACCAAGCACAUCAUCUACUUUUUAGACGAUUUCAACGCACCUCAUAUGGAUAUUUACGGCACUGCCCAGGCGCACACUCUACUGCGACAGCAUCUAAGCUACGGCCAUUGGUAUGAUCGAAUCAAGCUGGUACCCAAAGAAAUUAAAAACGUCCAGUAUAUUGCCUGCAUGAAUCCCACCGCUGGAACUUUCACCAUCGACUCGCGCCUUCAUCGUCACUUCAUCACAUUCGCCGUCAGCACUCCGAGCAAUGAAACCCAGGAAUUGAUGUUUGGUUCGUGGCUCCAGCGUCAUUUCGGCAAUCCGGUGCAGCGGUUCGCCCCCAAUCUCCUCAAUCUCGUUCCGGCUUUGGUGGUGGCCUCCAUGACGCUCCACCAACGACUUUGUUUGAUUUUCCAAGCGACAGCCAGCAAGUUCCUCUACGGAUUCAACUUGCGCGAUCUAUCUGCUCUCUUCAAAGGAUUACUCCUUAGCACACCGGAAACCGUCCAGACCAGUUUGUCGCUGGUCCGGCUGUGGGCGCACGAAGCUCACCGCGUCUACGGUGAUCGACUCAACGACGACAAGGAUGCUGAUAUGUUCAAAAAAGCCUUGGUCGAUACGGUCAAGAAAUGUUUCGAUCGACAGUCGGCGUCGGAUCAAGCGCUCGAGUCUUGCUGUGCUGCGCUGGCCGAUGUGGACGAAGCCAGUGUCAUGCGGACACCUUUACUGUUCUGCCACUUUUCACGCGGACUGGGCGACGCUAAAUACGGCGAGGCAGAAGGAUACACUUCACUCAACGGCAUUCUUCAUCAGGCGCUGGCGGCCUAUAACGAACUCAAUCCCGCCAUGGAGCUCGUCCUCUUUGAAGAUGCCAUUUCGCACGUUUGCAGGAUCAAUCGAAUCCUAGAGCUGCCGAGGGGACACGCCCUUUUGGUCGGCGUCGGCGGAAGCGGCAAACAGAGUUUAGCUAGGUUAGCAGCUUCCGUCGCCGGAUACGAUGUGACUCAACUGCAAAUCCGAGCGGGUUAUGGCAUUCCGGAAUUGCGGACUGAUUUAUCCGCUCUCUGCCUCAAAGCUGGACUGAAGAAACUACCGACUGUGCUGCUAGUCACCGAUGCCCAGCUAGUCGACGAGACACUGCUCGGUCCAAUUCAUGAUUUUUUGGCAGCUGGAGAGAUUCCGGGACUCUUCAACGACGAUGAAAUCGACAAUGUCGUUCAGGCCGUCCGCAAUGAAGUCAAAGCACUGGGCUUGAUGGAUUCCCGUGAUUUGUGCUGGCGAUUCUUCUUAGAACAAGUCAGGCGUCAUUUGCACAUCAUCCUGUGCUGUUCACCUGUCGGUUCGACUCUGCGAUUACGGACGCAACGCUUUCCUGCGCUAUUGGCUAGUAUGGCCAUCGAUUGCUUCUUACCCUGGCCUCACGAAGCUCUACUUUCCGUCUCAUACAAAUAUCUGUCGAACAUCACUGUUCCACUACCGGAUGGAUUCGUCGAUUCCGCUUCGCAGUUCAUGGCCUAUGUUCACUCGAGCGUCAGUGACACUUGUCGCUCUAUGCUACAAACGGAGGGCCGUUACGCUUACACGACUCCGAAAUCAUUUUUGGAGCAGUUGCAGCUUUUUGUUCGACUUCUCGAACGACAGACCUCUUUGCUCCAGGCUAAAAUUGGGCGACUGGAGAACGGCCUGGAUCGAUUGCGGGUAGCUGCAUUACAAGUGGACGAUUUGAAGGAAGUUUUGGCCGUCCAGGAAGUUGAAUUGCUCAAGAAAACUGAAGAAGCUGACCGUUUAAUCAACGUGGUGCGGAUCGAAACUGAAAAAGUCAGCAAGGAGAAGUUGUUGGCCGAUGCCGAAGAGAAGCGUGUGGCCGCAAUGGCCAUCGAAGUAGCGCAAAGGCAGCGUGAGUGUGAAGAAGAUUUGGUUAGAGCCGAACCAGCUUUAGUAGCCGCACAGGAAGCCCUCAACACCCUCAACAAAGCCAAUCUGACUGAGCUCAAGUCAUUCAGUUCACCUCCGCUUGCCGUAACAAACGUGACAGCCGCCGUUCUAGUCCUCUUAUCCCCGCAAGGUAAAAUCCCAAAGGAUCGAUCAUGGAGGUCAUCAAAGAUAAUGAUGGGAAGAGUCGAUCAAUUUCUGGAUUCGCUGAUCAAUUACGACAAAGAGCACAUCCAUCCGGAUGUUAUUCGUGCAAUCCAUCCUUAUCUGGACAAUCCCGAGUUCGAUCCUGAAUUCAUCUCGUCUAAAUCAUCGGCUGCUGCCGGUUUGUGCUCGUGGGUCAUCAACAUCAUCCUCUUCUACGAAGUUUACUGCAACGUUGAACCCAAACGUCGCGCGCUGGAAGCGGCCGACGCCGAACUAGUUGCAGCCCAAGAAAAAGAAGCCGCCAUCAAAUCCAAAGUCAGAACUCUGGAAGCCACCCUGGAGCAAUUGACGGCGGAAUUUGAGAGAGCCAACGCUGAAAAGAGGGAAUGCCAAGAAGAGGCGGAGCACACCAAUCGGACAUUAGUCCAAGCCAAUCGACUGAUUCACGGACUGGCAUCUGAGAAAAUUCGCUGGUUCCAGGCCGUUGAAUUCCUUCGUCGUAAUGAACUGACGAUGGCUGGCGAUGUUUUGCUUACCACAGCUUUCGUAUCUUACGCCGGAAUCUUCCCGAAACGUUACCGAACUCAUCUGCUCUCUAAGGCGUGGAUUCCAUUCCUUAACGGACUUGCCACCAAGCCAGUCCUGUUGUCCGAGAGCUUCGAUCCUGUCAAUCUUCUAGCCGAUGCAGCACAAAUAGCUACGUGGAACAACCAAGGACUUCCGGCCGACCGGAUGUCGAUUGAAAACGCCGGAAUUCUAACAACUUGCGAGCGUUGGCCGCUAUUGAUUGACCCUCAGUUACAAGGAUUGAAGUGGAUCAAAGGACAUUAUGAAGAUCGUUUGCAGAUCACUUCAUUGGGGCUCAAAGGUUUUCACGAGAUGUUGGAGCGCUGCUUACGGGAAGGCCGAGUUCUCCUCAUUGAAAAUGUAAACGAAGAGCUGGAUUCGUCGCUGGAUCCACUGAUGAGCCGGCAGUUUGUCAAGAAAGGAAAAGCCAUUAAAAUCGACGGCAAGGAAGUGGAUUUGCAUCCCGAUUUCCGGUUGAUUAUUCACUCCAAAUUGGCCAACCCACAUUUUCGCCCGGAAUUACAAGCUCAGGCUACUCUGUUAAACUUUACCGUAACUCGUGACGGACUGGAGGAACAACUUUUAGCUGAAGUUGUGCGUGCAGAAAGGCCAGACUUGGAGAAUUCACGAGCCGAAUUGGUCAAACAAGAAAAUGAUUUUAAAAUCGCUUUGAAAGCUCUUGAAGAUGAUCUCCUACUUCGACUAUCUAAAGCUCAAGGAGCUUUCCUGGCCGAUUCACAGCUGGUAGAUUCUCUGGAACAGACUAAAGCUACCGCUAACGAUAUCACACAACGAGCGGCUGAAGCGGCCCAAACGGCUCAGGCCGUCAACGAAUUCCGUGAGCUCUACCGUCCAGCUGCAUCUCGAGCUUCGCUUCUCUUUUUCAUCAUUGGCGAUCUGCGUCAACUGAAUCCCAUUUAUCAAUUUUCAUUAAAAUCCUUUAUUGGGGUUUUUCAACGGGCAUUGGCAAAAGCCACUCCUUCGGCGGAUGUGGCCAUCCGAGUCAAUUACCUGGUCGACUCAAUCACCUACGCUCUGUUCCAAUACGUAGCCAGAGGAUUGUUUGAACAGGAUCGUUUGGUUUACACUGUUCAACAGACGUUCCAGAUUCUCAUAGCUUCAGGAGAUGUCGAUCCUGUUGAUGUGGACUUUUUCCUCCGCUUCCCAGUCGUUUCUGGUCUCAACGUUUCCGGCAGUCCAGUCGAUUAUCUCACUCCCUCUACCUGGAGCGUUGUUAAAAGUUUAUCGUCGACGGAUGAGUUCCGGCACUUGGAUCGAGAUAUCGAGUCUUCGUCAAAGAGAUGGCGCAAAAUUAUUGAAUCUGAAUUUCCCGAACGUGAACGACUCCCCCAAGACUGGAAAACCCGAUCUGCACUUCAACGCCUGUGCGUAUUGAGAGCCUUGCGGCCCGACCGAUUGUCUCACGCUCUUCGCCUCUUCAUUGAAGAGAAAUUGGGAUCACGCUACGUUGAAUCGCUCACCGUUGAAUUGUCGCAAUGUGUCGCGGAAAUGUCGCCGACUACACCGUUGUGUUUCAUUCUUUCGACGGGUGUCAAUCCGUUGCUGGAAGUGGAACAGAUUGCAAGAAAAAUGGGUCGCACAGCCGACAACGGCCUUCUACACCUGGUCAGUUUAGGACAAGGCCAAGAAGGGAAUGCAGAGAAUGUGCUGAAAAAAUCAUCCGAAUAUGGCCAUUGGGUCAUUCUUCAAAACAUCCAUCUUGUGAAAAAAUGGUUACCGACAUUGGAACGCCUUCUCGAGCGAUUCGGUGCCAAUGCACACCCAGAGUACCGAGUUUUUCUCAGCGUUCAACCGCCGACUACCAAGACAUCCAGCGUCGUGCCUCAGGGUCUAUUGGAAUCCUGCAUUAAAUUGACCAGUGAGCCGCCUCGUGGAAUCAAAGCCAAUCUGCACAUGGCACUUGAUCACUUUGAUCAAGAAGCGCUAGAGCAAUGUUCCCGUGAAGCUGAAUUCAAGACGCUCCUGUUCACUCUGUGCUAUUUCCACGCCGUCGUGACUGAGCGUCGCCAUUUUGGAGCUCAGGGCUGGAACAGAACGUACCCGUUCUCUGCAGGUGACUUGACCAUCAGUGUCAACGUGUUGCUCAAUUACAUCGAGAGUAGCGGCAAUUCCGGUCGAGUUCCGUGGGAAGAUUUGCGCUACUUGCUGGGCGAAAUCAUGUACGGUGGCCACGUCACAGAUGACUGGGAUAGACGUUUAACCCGCGCCUAUUUGGAAGAACUUUUACAACCGGAUCUACUCGAUGGAGAACUGCUGCUAGCGCCCAAUUUCCCUGCGCCACCCAACAGGGAUUACUCCGGAUAUCAGCGUUAUAUUGACGAGUCUCUGCCGCCGGAAUCAACCUAUCUCUACGGAUUACACCCCAACGCUGAAAUCGGCAUCUUGACUCGCAGCGCUGGAAUGUUGUGCCGUGAACUUCUGGGACUGCAGCCCAGACAGGGUGCCGGUGUCAGCGGAGGCGCCGUGCUGAGCAAAGACGAUCGAGUCAAACAAAUUUUGGAUGAGAUCCUCGAAAAGUUACCGGAUGAGUUCCCGUUGGUAGAAAUCUGUAGUCGAUUGGAAGAAAAGACGCCCUUUAUGGUCGUUAUCGUUCAAGAAUGUGAAAGAGUCAAUGGCCUUUUGAUUGAGGCCAAACGAUCACUCCGCGAACUCGACAAGGGACUUAAGGGAGAGUUGUCCUUGACGGAGGAUAUGGAGGAAAUGUCUUCGUCUCUUUACCUCGAUCAAGUUCCGGUUCGCUGGGCUAAACUGGCCUAUCCAUCAAUGUUGCCUCUGACCGCCUGGAUUACCGAUUUACAACAAAGACAUAAAGAGCUGGACAUUUGGCUUGUCGAUUUCCAGACACCUCCAUCGGUUUGGCUUGGAGGAUUUUUCAGUCCUCAGGCUUUCUUAACUGCUGUCAUGCAAACCGCCGCAAGGAGGGCGGAAUUGCCGCUGGAUCGAAUGACUUUAUCUGUAGAAGUUACCAAAAAAACCCGUGAAGAAAUAUCGUCUGCCCCUCGUGAAGGCGUUUACAUUCACGGCUUAUUUUUGGAAGGUGCCCGAUGGGAUUCCAAUCUUGGUGUGUUGGCGGAAGCGAAACUCAAAGAACUGCAUCCACCCAUGCCCGUUAUUUACGUCAAGGCUGUCACGCAAGAUAAAUUAGAUAUUAGGGGAACAUACGAAUGCCCGGUCUAUCACACGCAACAGAGAGCCGAGACUUACAUCUGGAAUUUCCAGUUAAAAACGAGAGACAAGCCAUCGAAAUGGGUUUUGGCCGGCACAGCUUUGCUACUUCAAGUUUAAACUAUUUAACCCAUUUAAAAUCUUGAAUACUAUAUACACAAAUCAUCUUCUGUAGAUGUAGUGUAUUAGCACACCUUGUAACUUAAUAAUAUAUACCCAACUAAAUUCGCCUCAAAUUAACAGCAUUUCCUGUAGUUAAAUUGGAACUUUCUAACAUUAUCUAUUAUCAUUAAUUAGUGGGUGUGUAGCAACUGGUUAACCAAGAACACCGUUUGUAUUAUUCAGGUUGUGCAGUAUAUCCAUGGCUUAUUGGUGCAAUCCUUCAUCCCACUUUACAAUCGACGUUGUACCAAUAGUCACAGAGUUGCUUUUCAUCGUGA